ACAAGGUCUUUUUUUUUCAUUUUGUUUUUUGCAUCUUUUGGGGGUUUCAUCGUAGUUUUUUGUUGGUUGUCUGAAUGCUAACCGUGAAAAAAAAAAUAUUACCCUCCCAGAAGCAGCAGGCAUGUCUGUAAAGUAAAGUAAACUAAAAAUUCAACAACUCUGAAAUGGAAAUUUUAUCGACCAGAAAACCGCAGAUUUCUCGGGAAAAUAAGGUUAAAAGAGCAGUCCCUGCCAUCUCGAUGGCGCUCGCCUCGAUUGUAUCACACAGCAAAAACAAGGAAUUUCAACAGAGGUGCUUAGAAAUUAUACAGGAAACAAGAGUAGACAGGAUUGAGGAAAAGUUGAAUACCAAGCUAUGGUGUUUGGCCAAACAGAAGUUUGGUAUUAGCCAGGAGGCUUCAGAAGGUGAACAACAGGCUGUGCCAGAGGCUAUAUCGCAAGCAUCAGUGGGAUCAGACACUGGCAAAACACCUUCCACCCAGACCUCUAUAAUAAGCAGUAGUUACUUUGAUGAUCUAAGUGACUACUAUGAAGCAGAUGAGAUCUGCAAUAUGAGCUUGUAUGACAGCCAAGAGCCCCGGCAAUACACACAAUCACAAGCAACUCAAGACAAACCCCUGCCAAACACACAAGAAAAAAACACAUGUAUUACAUCUGAACCAUCUGAACUGGGCAUAGACAUCCCCCUGCUUAAUAACACCACUCAACGAAAGACACAAGAAGUAAACUCUGGUAUUACAUCUGAAUUGGGCCUAGACAAACCCCUGCGUAAUAACAUCCCUCAAACAAACACACAAGAGAACACCUGUUUUUCAUCUGAACCAGGCCUUAUGGGAGAGUGCUUUGGAAGCCAGGAAACAGAAACAGAUUUUUUGAGUGAGGUUGUGUUGGAGUUUUCAGAGUAUAUUAGCAAAAACAGCAAGCAGGCAGAUCCUACAGGCCUUGAAUUCCACACUGAAAAGACUGAUGAAAAUCUUCUUAAGGAAGAUGAUUUAGAAACUAAGGAUGCAUUGCACAAAGAUGUUUUGAAUGAGGAAAGAGGUAUUGAGAAGGAAAAUAGCUUUGACUGGUUGGAGGAGUUUGAAAAUAAUACCUUCUGGGCAGUCAAUAAAGAGAAAUCUGAGUCAGAAAAAGAAGAGUCAGACUCAUCAUCAGUUCCUUCACCAGCAAGGAAGCGAAUCACAACAGACAAAAUCAAACUGUCAGAAGGUGGCUUUAGUCAUACAAGGAAAGAUAAAGAUGAUUUGGGAAAUGCAGGGAUGUGUCCUGUUUUUAAGCAGUUUCACUAUACCAGCCCAAUAAGCUCUAACAAAGUAUGUCUGAUAAAUGAACAAACCGAGUCAUUUGUACUAGAUGACGAGUUGUCUUUAUUUUAUGAAUUUGGAGCUUUUGAUGAGUUUUCUCAAUAGACACAUGCAAGAAGAGUUAAAUUUCUUUUCUUUUAAUUUCUUUUCAUAGCUACUAUCAGAUUUUUAUAUAUUAUUAUGCUUUUCUCAAAGCAAUUAUAUUUCAUAAUUUCUCAAUACCAAAGGCUUAUACAUAUCUAUAUGGCAAUAUUUUACACAUGUCCAACACAAAAGUGUAAUUAAAGUAAUUAUAGGAACCCUGAGCAAUGAAUACUAUGGCAACAAAAGCGAAAAAAGGUGGCACUU